AUUUAAAGAUAUUACAAAUCUAUACUAAAUCCAAUUUUUUUUUUUUUUUUAAUCAGCAUGAACUUUGAAGGAAGAAGAUCCGCCGCCUUGAGGGGUAUUCCCGAUAGACGAGCUUACUCUCGCUCGUCUAUCUUGGCUUUUUACGAGCCUUUAAAAAACACGGCGGACGUUUUUUUUUUCCCGUAAUACCAGUUUAUAUAAAAAAUGACGUGUCAAGGAUGUAACAAGCCUCACAAGCAAGUUGAACUCAAAAGCCCCACUAUUGUAAGCAUGCCUAAAGGGCAAGUCGAAGAGACCAUAGACAAACUUAAAUUUAAACCCUUAAAGGAAAUACAAAAGCACAUUAGAUCAGAUACUUGUUAUCUUCAUUUCUCGACCAAAGAGGGCGCAUCAUACUUUUAUAAUAGCUAUCAUGAAAAGGGGCUCAGCCUUAACAACAUCCAUUUUACUGUACACCCCACUCGAUCCCGCGAUGGCACUGUUGUCACUUAUCCCGCCGCCACACCUACUACCACACCUACUACCACACCCGCCGCCACACCCGCCGCCACACCCGCUACAGCCUCCACUAGAUCAGUAUCUGAUAAUACGCCCGUAAAUAAAGAAUGGGCCAGCAGAACAAGAGAGGCUAUCGAUAGAUUAUCCAAGGAAAUCAAAAGACUGUCAAGUUCAAUUUGGCAUGAACUUUGGAGGAAGAAGAUACGUCGCCUUGGGGGUACUCCUGAUAGACGAGCUUAUUCCUGCUCGUCUAUCUUCGCUUUUUACAAGCUUUUAAAAAACACGACGGACGUUUCUUUUUUCAGAAUGGUCUGCCCCGGUUGCAACAAACUCAAAAACAAGUUAAACUUACAAGCCCCAGCCUAAAGAAUAUGACCAAAGGGCAAGCUCAAGAGGUGUUAAAUGGUAUAAGGUUCAAGCCGUUGAACGAAAUCCAGAAACAUGUCAGAU